AUGCCAGCCCAGCAGAAGAGAAUUCUCUUCUGCACAGCCGGGGUGCUGAGCUUCGCCUGCGCGCUGGGGGCGGCGGCGGCCGUCGGUGCGCAGCGCUGGGUGCGCGGGACGGUGCUGUGCCGCACCGGGGCCCUGCUCGUCAACGCCAGCGGGCAGGAGCUGCACAAGUUCAUCGGCCAGAUCCACUACGGGCUUUUCCACGGCGAGCGCCUGAGGCAGUGCGGGCUCGGGGGGAGACCCGUCCGGUUUUCGUUUUUUCCAGAUCUGCUCAGAACUAUCCCUGCAAGUAUCCAUGUCAGUGUCAUUCUCUUCUGUGCAGUACUGGUGCUCUUUGCUCUGGUGGGAGCAGGUUUCUUCAUGCUCAACGCCUUUGGCAAGCCUUAUGAAACCCUGCACGGCCCCGUGGGCUUGUACCUCUGGAGCUUCAUUGCCUGUUGCUGUGGCUGCCUCAUCAUGAUUCUCUUCUCUUCAGAAGUGAAAAUCCAUCACCUUUCAGAGAAAAUCGCAAAUUUCAAAGAGGGAAGUUUCAUAUUCAAGACUCACAGUGAACAGUUUGCAAAUUCAUUCUGGGUCAUCCUGGUUUGCUCCCUGGUGCAGUUCCUGAAUGCCUUGCUGAUACGAUUUGCUGGGUUUGAAUUUCCCUUUUCAAAAUCAAAACAUUCAGGGACAACCACUGGAGCUGCUGAUCUGAUGUAUUAG